UAGCAAUGUGUGGACGACUAACCUCUCGUAGCACAUACCCUGCUCACUCCUCAACUUACCGCUUGUUACGCAGACCUAAGCCAGCGAUUCAGCAAGAGCAAUGCGUUUCAGUCUCUUCCUAGUUGCGCUUGUGGCCACUUGCGUCGGCUACAGCAGCAACCUCGUCCUGGCUGAAAAAAGAACCUUGGCAGCCGACUCGAUUCAUACCAACUUCCGCCGUGAAAGCGUGAGCAUUGAGAGGAAGCUGACGAUCGAGGCUGCAUUCGACGUGGAUGAUGAAGAGAGGGUACUCGAAAGACUGAAGGGCGUCUUUCAAAGGGCUACUCAGAGCGUUAAGCUAUUCCAGAGGAACCCUGCGGCGAUCAAAGAAGUGGAGAAUUUGAAGAAUAGUCCUGUGGUCGCUCAAAGCAUUCAGAGUGUCAAGAAGAACCCGGUGAUGGUGGAGAGGCUCAAUUCGCUAAAGCAGAACCCCCAAAUCCUCAAGUCGUUACAGGACCAGCCCGCCGGACAAAGUAUCACCAAACUGCAGACGUUCGUAACGGGAAGCAAGGCGAAGUCCGAUGGACCGAGUUUCAUCGUGUGCUUCUUGUUGAUCAUGGGCGGAUUUACUGCCACUCUUCUCUUGGUAAACCUUAUCACUCAAGUCUAGAAAACUAUGUCGCUCAUGGCAACGUGCCUGCCCACCAACAAAACGAUGAUAUUAACCCAGCAAAUAAGCCGAACGUCUCCAGAUUGUGGAUUCAUUUUCACUGUCGUUGAAAUUGAUUACAUUUUUAUUGUCUACAAGAUGAGAAUUGAUAUUU